AGAAUACACAGCAUCUUGAGCCAGGGUUUAAAUUCGUCCCUCUCCGCCUGGCUUCUCGCAAAGAUCUGCUUGUCAGCUUGCCUCUGUCUCCUCUAACGACUCUAAUAUUCCCUUAAAAAGAACAUCGUUCUGGAUUCUUUGGAAUUACUAAAGUGGCAGAAGAGAUCAUGGUGCACACCGUAGGGAUCUGAUCUGAGCACUCUGAGGCAGAAGAAGCAGGGAACAGAGCAGGCGAUCGGAGGAGCAUCAUUUCUACGGAAUGAUUGAAGAUUGUGGGAAAAGAGGAAAUACCAUGGCAGAAAGAAGGCAGCUGUUUGCAGAAAUGCGGGCUCAAGAUCUGGAUCGCAUUCGUUUGUCCACCUACCGAACAGCAUGCAAGCUUAGAUUUGUUCAGAAGAAAUGCAACUUGCACCUGGUGGACAUCUGGAAUGUGAUAGAAGCCUUACGGGAAAACGCACUGAACAACCUGGAUCCCAACAUCGAACUGAACGUGGCUCGCCUGGAAGCUGUGAUUUCAACUAUCUUCUACCAGCUCAACAAACGGAUGCCGACAACCCACCAGAUAAACGUGGAGCAAUCCAUCAGCUUACUGCUCAACUUCUUGCUAGCAGCCUUUGAUCCGGAAGGACAUGGUAAAAUUUCCGUUUUUGCUGUCAAAAUGGCCUUGGCAACUCUCUGUGGAGGAAAGAUCAUGGACAAAUUAAGAUAUAUUUUCUCAAUGAUUUCCGACUCCAGUGGAGUGAUGGUUUAUGGCAGAUAUGACAUGUUUCUGCGGGAAGUUCUCAAGCUGCCCACGGCUGUUUUUGAAGGGCCUUCAUUUGGUUAUACUGAGCAAUCAGCAAAAUCCUGUUUCUCACAACAGAAAAAAGUCACAUUAAACACUUUCUUGGAUACCCUCAUGUCUGAUCCCCCGCCACAGUGUCUGGUGUGGUUACCACUUCUGCAUCGACUGGCAAAUGUUGAAAAUGUCUUCCAUCCUGUCGAGUGUUCCUACUGCCACAGCGAGAGCAUGAUGGGGUUUCGCUACCGCUGCCAGCAGUGUCACAAUUACCAGCUCUGUCAGGACUGCUUCUGGAGGGGCCAUGCCAGCGGUUCCCACAGCAACCAGCACCAAAUGAAAGAGUACACGUCAUGGAAAUCACCUGCUAAGAAGCUAACUAAUGCACUUAGCAAGUCUUUAAGCUGUGCUUCCAGCCGUGAACCUUUGCACCCAAUGUUCCCUGACCAGCCUGAAAAACCUCUAAACCUGGCUCAUAUUGUAGAUACUUGGCCCCCUCGACCUGUAACCAGCAUGAAUGACACACUCUUCUCCCACUCCGUUCCCUCAGGAAGUCCUUUUGCAAACAGAAGGUUACAGUACAGCCUCGAUGUUGCAGACAGGCUGGCCGAUGAACAUGUACUCAUCGGGUUGUAUGUCAACAUGCUGCAGAGCAACCCCGCACGCGUGCUUGACAGCGCAAGUCGCCUGGAUGAAGAACAUAAGCUGAUCGCCAGGUAUGCAGCAAGGCUGGCAGCAGAAACUUCUUCAUCACAGCAGGGUCAGCAGAGAGGGGCAUCAGAUAUCUCCUUCACCAUUGAUGCAAACAAGCAACAAAGGCAGCUGAUAGCAGAGCUUGAAAAUAAAAACCGAGAAAUCCUACAGGAGAUCCAGAGGCUGCGACUUGAACAUGAGCAAGCGUCUCAGCCCACACCGGAGAAGGCACAACAAAAUCCCACUCUCCUUGCAGAGCUCCGGCUCCUGAGACAGCGGAAGGAUGAGCUGGAACAAAGGAUGUCUGCUCUCCAGGAAAGCCGGAGGGAGCUUAUGGUUCAGUUAGAAGGCCUCAUGAAACUGCUGAAGACCCAAGGGGCAGGCUCCCCACGUUCCUCACCCAGCCACACUAUAAGUCGACCGAUUCCAAUGCCCAUCAGGUCAGCCUCUGCCUGCUCCACCCCAACCCACGCACCUCAGGACUCUCUGACCGGGGUGGGAGGAGAUGUGCAGGAAGCCUUUGCACAAAGUGCAAGACGAAACUUAAGAAACGAUUUGCUGGUGGCAGCAGAUUCAAUCACCAACACCAUGUCUUCUUUGGUAAAAGAACUAAAUUCUGAAGUGGGCAGCGAGACAGAAAGCAAUGUGGAUUCUGAAUUUGGACGAACUCAUUUUGAUGACCUCGUUCCAUCCCCAACGUCUGAGAAGGCUUUCCUUGCGCAGAUCCAUGCCCGGAAGCCAGGGUACCUCCACAGCGCCGCUGCCACCGGCUCCAUCCGCAGUGACAUGGUUACAGAAGAUGGAGACCCCUAUGUCAGAGCAGAUGAUGAAAAUUAUGAGAAUGACUCUGUCCGCCAGCUGGAGAAUGAACUGAAGAUGGAGGAGUACCUGAAGCAGAAGCUGCAGGAUGAGGCAUACCAGGUCAGUUUGCAAAGUUGAGUGCAAUAUCCUUCUAUCUCUCCUCUCAAGCAAGCUGCAGUCAGACAGACAACGAAAGCUACGUAAGAACUGAUGAUGAGGAGAGCUGCUUUCGGACAGAUGAUGAAGAAAACUCGGCUGCAAACUUCACAGAAGAGUGGAACCAAGAGGUGCAGCGUCUCUUGACAAAAAAAUCACAUAACUAAGUUCUGAGGACUGUAGCACAGUACUUUUGUUCUAAGAGUUGUAGUUUGUAGAUGUGUGUUUUUGACAACCAGACUUUUGUUUAAAGCUAACUUAUAUUAGCUACAUCUUCUGUAACAUGACUCAUUACCGGUGAAGAAAACAGACUGACAUACAUACUGCUGUUACAAAGGAUGGUGGUAUUAAUAACUCACGUAAACCCUUUGCACAUGAUAUUGAACCUGUUCAGUUUACAAUGACAAUACUGUUUAUAGAUAGAAAUUUGAUUUCUCAAUACUUUUGAGAUUUUAGUAGAUCAGUUUACUAUACACUGUACAUUUUUUCCACAGAAGAAAUAAAAAGCUACAAUUAUGCAUUUAACACUGAAUGAUUAUACUCCUGAGUGUAUAUAUCUAGUAGCCCAAAAAACAAAGUACCAGACUAUAUUUGCAAUUUGUUUGCAAGUCUUUAAAUUAAGACAUACAAAAUGUACUAAAAUAAUAAUAAUAAUAAUAAUAAUAUAAUUAAUAAU